AAUUACAUAAGUCAACUUCGUGAAAUCAUUAAAUGGACAAAAGUUUAAAAGAAACAAUGAUUUAAUACGGCCGUUUUAUCCGCCGGUAUUUUCGUUUUACCACAUAUAGAGCAGUUAAAUUCAUCUACAUUUUCAUAUCUGUGUAUAAUCACUAUUGUAUUUUAAAGAGCACAAUCUAAAUUUGUAAAGAAUUAUAUUCCAGGAAGAAAGGUUUAUGAGCACAAAGUGACCAUUUUAAUCGUUUCAUAUAUCUAGUGAACGUCAUAUUGAAGUGAAGAAAAUGAUUAAAAUGAGCUUUAAAGAUAAAACAGAGAAACAAUCAAGAAAGAGAAAAUACAUUCAAGUACCAUUAUUUGUAUUUAACUUAGCUCUGUUAUUUGCAUGUCUUCUAACUGUAAGUCAACUGUUAGCCUGGCUUACAAUAGCACGACAUCAAAAAACUAUUGAAAUAUUGUCGGAGACUUUGAAUCAUGCACAAGACAACAUGGAGAAUACGGAGAAUUUAGAAGUUGAUGAAGAAAAUAAUAUCCGUAAGUUGUCUGCAGUUGACGAAAACAGCGAAACCAGAGAAAGACGACAUUUGGACAAUAACAAUUCUGGUUAUCGGGGACCAAAAGGGCAGAAAGGUGAUAAAGGGGACGAUGGUAGAACUGGCAGGGAUGGUAGAGAUGGUUUGCGGGGACCACAAGGGACGAGAGGACAACGAGGGGAUACAGGAAUGCGAGGUCCACAAGGCUAUGUAGGACCUCCUGGACUCCAAGGAGCAACAGGAAACACGGGGGUUAAAGGCGAACCCGGAUUUCAUGGAUCAAAAGGAAUGAAAGGCGACAAAGGAAACGACGGCAAACCUGGAAAGAUUUUUAAGUAUCGUAAUUCAGCUCAUAUUGUUGCCAUGGGAAAACGAAUCAAAUCACAGAGUGGUAACCCAGUAAUGAGUCCAAAAGUUUUGUGGAAAGUUAAACAAAAGUCAGGAAAAAUGAAUUACUUUAAUGGUCGACUUACAGUAGGAAUGGACGGUGUUUACUUUGUUUAUUGUCAAAUGUUUUAUUAUGAUGGCACAAGCAGCUAUAUUGGUUAUGAAGUAUAUUUAGACAACACAAGGAUUCUUAAAGCAGUUCACAGCAUCAUCAACAGGAAACGGAAGUAUGAAACUCAAUAUACAAGUGGUAUUUUCGAGAUAUCAAAAGGACAAAAAAUAUAUGUGCAGACCCCAUUUUCUAAGUAUUUUUAUUUUAACGACACAUUGUCUUAUUUCGGUGCGUUUAUGUUGCAUGAAAAAUCAUCAGUGUAACAUAAUCAUAUAGUCAAUUAUUUUUUUUGUAAAUAGCUGUAGAUAAAAUAUUUCGUCCGUCACUAAAGGAUGCAACGCAGUACGCACGGUGAACAUAAAACAUAAAAUAACAUAGUAAUCUUAAACAUGUAAAAACUUCAAAUUCUUUGUUCAAGGAAAGGCCUUGAAGAAAGUCUGAUGUGUAAAUGUAAGUGUAAAUGCAUAAAUAAAAUGUUAUAAUGCAAACCCAAAA